UAGCGCGAUGACGUUUUACGGCGCAUGUCAGUUGCGGCCCGUCUCCACGUCUCCUUCGCUAUUCCGCUACACCGCUGAGAUGGCAGGAGGUGUGCGGAGAAAGUCUCCUGGUUCCCCGUCCCCACUGUGGGGGAAACUUCAAACAUUGUGGCAGGACAAACAUUUGGUCCUGUUCAAGACGGAAUACACGUUACUGGUCGUUUCAGUGUUGUGGUUCCUGGAGAUCGGGAUCAAUGUGUGGGUCAUCCAGAAAGUACCAUACACUGAAAUAGACUGGAAAGCCUACAUGGAUGAAGUAGAGGGAGUCAUCAAUGGUACCUACGACUACACCGCGCUUAAAGGAGACACCGGCCCCUUGGUGUACCCGGCUGGCUUUGUCUACAUCUUUACAGCUCUCUACUACAUCACCAGCCAUGGGGUGAACAUCCCCCUGGCCCAGUACCUAUUUGCUGCUUUCUACCUCAUCACACUGCUGCUGGUCUUUAGGAUGUACUACCGCACUAAGAAGGUUCCUCCCUAUGUGUUCUUCUUUGUGUGCUGUGCUUCUUAUCGGAUCCACUCCAUCUUUGUGCUGCGUCUCUUUAAUGAUCCAGUGGCCAUGAUGCUGCUGUUUGCGGCAGUCAACCUCUUCAUGGACGGACACUGGACUCUGGGCUGCGGCCUUUACAGUUUAGCAGUGUCUGUGAAAAUGAAUGUGCUCCUUUUUGCGCCGGGACUACUUUUCCUCCUCCUGUCUGAGUUUGGUCUAAUCAAGACAAUCCCCAAACUUUCCCUGUGUGCGGGCAUACAGCUUUUGCUGGGUCUGCCUUUCCUCCUGGAAAAUCCCAUGGGUUAUAUGAGCCAGGCGUUUGAUCUUGGCCGUCAGUUUAUGUUCAAGUGGACGGUCAACUGGCGCUUCCUGCCAGAAUGGUUCUUCUUGAAUCGGUACUUCCACUUACUCCUGCUGGCUGCCCACCUGCUCACCCUGCUGCUCUUUGCUCUCCGUCGUUGGAAGAGGCCAGGAGAAAGCAUCUUUGAACUCCUGAAGGAACCCAGCAAGAGGAAAACCCCUGCUCAGAAAACCACUGUUGAUCAGAUGGUGCUGAUUCUGUUCACCUCUAACUUCAUUGGCAUGUGCUUCAGUCGUUCGUUGCACUACCAGUUCUACGUCUGGUACUUCCACACGCUUCCUUACCUGCUCUGGAGCGGUGGAGUCAAGAAGCUGGCCCACCUGCUCCGCGUCCUGAUCCUGGGUCUGAUCGAGCUUUCAUGGAACACCUACCCCUCUACUAACAGCAGCUCCGCCGCCCUCCACGUCUGUCACCUCAUCAUCCUCCUCUGUCUGUGGCUGGCUCCACCGCUGCCUUCAGCCCCAGCAGAAACAGAAGAACAAACGCCCGUCAAGGACAAACGGCAGUGAGCUGCAGCCUGAUCGGACCGGACGUCGCACUUGGUCUAAUCCGCUCACCCUCCUCUCUUUAGUCCUCACAACACCAGUGCAGAGGGAGGUCACUGGGAUAGACUGCUUUUUAUAAGUGAAUACAAGGAGCCAUUUAAUUCUUCUCAUCUCAGCUCACUGCUAAAAGUGAAGGAAGCUAACGUGUGGGUGCAGACAGAUGCCUACAUGACGAAGAGAUGAAGAGAGAAAGAAAAUAUGGAUCUCAGGUUUCAUUUUCAGACACAUAAUAGGAAUAGUGGAGUGGCGUGUGAAGAGGAGAUUGUGAACGUUACGCUGUUUUGAGAGAAUUUGUUACGUAGGCUGUUAUAUUUCUACCGGCCUGAUUAUUUUUUCCCUCGCUUGAUAUUCUGAUAUUAUCAAAAAUCCAUUUACUGAUGACAGAUGAUCUUGUACAUUGUAUAAGAAAGCAGUAUAUUAAUAUAUCAAUCGUAUAUCAUUUAUACAUCAUUAAUUUGAUACAUAACAUGAAAGUAGCGCCAAAAGCUUUAAAUUAAUUGCAUGUCCGGCGAGUGGCCCACAGCAUUUCCACUUGUAUUUGCAGUAUUCUCCAAUACAAGGCCAAACAUCUUUUCCAGUAGUUAUAUAAGCUGUAAGACAAUCACGGCUAUUGGUUACGUAUUAAAUUCAUCUUCUGUUGUGAGUGGUUCACUGUUACACUCGUAAGCGCAUAAAUAGAUUUAAUGUGAACAAUUAGCAGUAGACUGAAGAGCAAACGUGUGACAUUUUAUAUUAAACAGAGAUGCCACUGGA